AAUUACUUCUGCUAUCACAUGCUAAAAUUAGAUUUCGGGAUCCGAAGCAUCCUCUGCUGUCGGAAUCAAAUCAGACACUUCCAAUUCCCUCACCACAAUUCUAUCGCUUCCCACGGAAAAGUCCGAAGCCGACGUUGCCACCCCCGCUACUACCUCCGCCGAUGGUGCCACCAUAGUUCACAAACUCAAGAUCCCAUUUUGAAAAGGUACGUUCUUGAUAAAAUCCGAUCCGAUCCUUUAAUCUCUGCUUAGAUCCACACGUUUGCAAAAGCUAUGAACUCCAAUUACGGUAGAGGUUCAUCAGGUUCGCUGAAAAGCUUCGAUUUUGAUCUCGGUCUCGGAUCGGGCCGACCCAAAUCCCUAAAUGACCAAAAGAACAAAACCACAUCUUCGUUUUCAUCUUAUUCAUCAACAACAUCUGCACAAUCGAAGCCUGCGUGGCAACCGAACAACCCGUCGUGGACCCACCAACCGGCCGCGAAUCAGGCCAACCAAUCUGGGUUAUCUGGACCCAAUUCCAUGGUGGGAGACAUCUUUGGGAAGAGUUGGACCUCUUCGGGUCCUUCGGGGGGUAAUAGUUCUGGGAUUGGAAUUGUUAACAGGAACCCUAAUUUGUUUGGGGAUUUGGUUAGCUCUGCUUUGGGACAGGGCAAGAGUAAUAGUAAUGCUAAUGUUCCUUUGAAAAAUGCAAAUCCCACUUCUAAUUCUUCGAGUAAAAGCCCGUAUUCAAUGGGGAAUUUGGCUGAUUCGUUGCCAAAAAGUACUGGCAAUUGGGGAACUUCUGGUGCAUAUAAUAAUAGCAGUGGUAGUAGUAAUAUUAAUUUCAAUAUUAAUUAUAGUAAGACUCAGAAUCUUGGGGAUCCUUCAAUGAAAAGUAUGGCUGGAGGAGUGGGAGGAGUUGGAGGUGGAAGUGGGAGUGGUUCGAAGGACCCUUUUGGUUCUCUGGUUGAUUUUUCGUCAAAACCAUCAGGUAGUCUUAAUAGUAAUAAAGGAAAUAAGGUGAAUGUUGUGGGUGAUGCAUUUGGGGAUUUUCAGAAUGCUUCAAAACCGAGCAAAACUGCAUUUCGAUCUAGUGAUUUUGGUUCGAGUAAUAAUAAUUUUAUGGGGUCAAAUAUGGCUUCUGGUUUGAACAUGGAUAAUUUUGGGAUGCCUGCAAAGAAUGCUGGAUCUCAAAGUCAAACAACUGUUCACAGCUCGGGUGGUGAUCCUCUGGAUAUGUUCUUUUCAUCAUCUUCAGCUUCGGCUGGAGGUGCUACACAAGCAUCUAGUGGAGGUGGAGGGCAGCAAUUUUCGGGAGUUGAUGAUUGGGGGUUGGACUCUGAGUUUGGGGGAGGAGCAGGAGGAACUGAUGAAGGUGGUUCAACAACUGAGCUUGAAGGGCUUCCUCCUCCCCCAGCUGGGGUCACAGCAUCUUCUGCAAAGAGCAAGGGUAUCGACAACCAGAAGCAAGGCCAGUAUGCUGAUGCCAUUAAGUGGCUGUCCUGGGCAGUGAUACUUCUUGAGAAGACAGAUGAUAAGGCUGGCAUCAUGGAGGUUUUAUCAUGUAGGGCUUCAUGUUAUAAAGAGGUUGGGGAGUAUAAGAAGGCUGUAGCUGACUGUUCAAAGGUGCUAGAGCAUGAUGACACCAAUGUGUCUGUCCUUGUACAGCGUGCACUCUUGUAUGAAAGCAUGGAGAAAUACAAACUUGGGGCAGAAGAUCUGAGAACUGUUCUGAAGAUUGAUCCUGUUAACAGGAUUGCAAGAAGUACUGUCCAUCGCUUGGCUAAAAUGGCGGACUAGAAGGUUUUAUGAUUCUUUUGUUUGCAAUAACUUCUUCAGUUAGGUUGAUAUCUUUUCCCCUCAUACCAUGAAGAGAAUUGUGGGGAAUAAUAAUGUUUUUCCUAGAUACGUGGUCUUUCAAUAUAUGUGGCAUUGUGGAAGGUUUACAUGUA